AUGCCUGUCACCAAGUUUGACAUUGAAGAAAAAUACAAGUACCAAAACGGCUUCGACUCCUACUUCGAAACCGAAGCCGUCCCCAACGCCCUCCCCACUGCUCAGAAUUCACCCCAGAAGCCACCUCUAGGGCUCUACGCCGAGAAGCUCUCCGGCACGGCUUUCACCGCACCCCGCCAUGAGAACAAGCAGUCCUGGCUCUACCGCAUCCUGCCCGCCUGCUCGCACCCUCCCUUCACCGCAGCCCAAGCCCCCAACGAGUCCCUAGGUUUAGGGCCCGAACCCUUCCGCCGUCUCCAUCACAUCCCGAACCAACUGCGCUGGGACCCGUUCGAUCAUGAUAACAGCGGCAGCAGCGGCGCAGAGAGCGGAGGAGCCCAUGAUUUUGUUUCCGGUUUGCACCUCCUCGCGGGCGCAGGGGACCCGGCCAUGAAGCAAGGGCUGGCGAUGUAUUCGUACGCAGCUGGGAAGUCGAUGGGCGAGCGCGAAGCGUUCUACUCGGCAGAUGGCGAUCUGCUAGUGGUUCCUCAGGAGGGCGCUCUCGACGUGCGCACCGAGAUGGGCUGGCUGCUGGUGCGGCCCAUGGAGAUUUGCGUGAUCCCCCGCGGGGUGCGCUACCAGGUGCGGCUGAUCAAGGCCGAUAAUGGCACGGAACAACCCGCCAGGGGCUACGCGUUGGAGCUGUUCCAAGGCCGGUUCGCUCUCCCCGAGCUCGGCCCCAUCGGCUCCAACGGACUGGCCAACGCGCGCGACUUCCAAGCCCCCGUCGCCCACUUCGACGAUUUCGACUACGGCACCACCGCCUCUGACGGCCCGAACGAAUACCGCAUCACGGGCAAGUUCAACAACACCCUUCACACCACCACCCAACGACACACUCCCUUCGACGUCGUCGCCUGGCACGGCAACUACUACCCCUACAAAUACGACCUCGGCCGCUUCAACACCAUCGGCUCCAUCUCCUUCGACCACCCAGACCCCAGCAUCUUCACCGUGCUCUCGGCCCCCUCCGACCACCCGGGCACCGCCGUCGCCGACUUUGUCAUCUUCCCCCCGCGCUGGCUCGUCGGCGAGGAUACCUUCCGCCCGCCGUGGUACCAUCGCAACACCAUGAGCGAGUUCAUGGGUCUGAUUCGCGGCGGGUAUGAUGCGAAGAAGGGCGGAAAGGGCGGGUUUGUCCCAGGGGGUGCGAGUCUGCAUAAUGUGAUGAGUGGACAUGGGCCGGACGUGGAGAGUUAUGAGGGGGCGCGGAAUGCGGAGUUGAAGCCGGCGAAAGUUGGUGAGGGGAGCUGUGCGUUUAUGUUUGAGAGCUGCUUGAUGGUGGGUGUGACGGACUGGGGGUUGAAGACGUGUCAGAAGGUGCAGGCGGAGUAUUCGGAUCAUAGCUGGGGGGGUGUUAAGGUGCAUUGGAAGGGGGGUAAGGAGUAG